GUUUAGAUUGCUGAGGAACUUGCACACUCGAAAAAAGAAAAAAAAAAAGGAAAAUCAUGGAGUCCUUGUUAAGUCUUUCGUUCGACAACAUCUCCUCUCGUGAUAGCUCCAAGAUUCGAAAGGGUUUGCGACAAAUCGAAGGAUUGCUUGCGCAAAUAUGUCUUUCCCGAGCGGGCUCUCGCUCGCCGCACAAGAGGAAGUCUUCGGCGUUGGAUGAUAAGAAACUACAACAGCAACAACAACAGCAGGGGAGCACCAAACAGCUAGGGGAGCUCAAGCAAGACCCAGCUUUUCGAGAAUUCUUCCGAUUACAAGAAGGUUUCCAAUGGAAUGUCGCAUCACGGCUCGUCCAAUCCAUCGAUUGUCUUCUCGGCAUGGGAAAUCCCUCAGACACCGACCUCCUCAUACUCUCCGCGCUAGAUCUUCUCCAAGGCGUUCUGAUGCUUCACCCGCCCUCGAAAUGUCUCUUCAAUCGCGAAUCACACAUGAAUCUCCUGCUGGACCUUUUGGAUUCGAUGAACCCGCCCAAAAUCCAAUCGCAAGCGCUCCUCGUUCUCGUCGCCGCACUCAUCGAUCAACCUCGCAAUACGCGCACAUUCGAAGCCAUUGAUGGGCUGUUGACGGUGACUUCUCUCUUCAAAAGCCGCUCGACGACCAAAGAGGUCAAAAUGCGCUCGCUCGAAUUUCUCUACUUUUAUCUCAUGCCCGAGUCGCCCAUUCUUCCUUGGAGUCAUGCGAGCGCGCCGAAUUCUGCCGUUUUACAGAGAGGGGGAGUGGAUCAUCAUCAUCGAUCGUUUACGGCGUUGGCGGAGCAUGCGAGAACACAUUCGGGCGAUGCGAUGGAGAUUGAUGAGGAGUUUUUGGAUGUGGAUGUGCGGUCGAUUGAGGAUAAGCAGGAGUUGUUGGGGCAGUAUAUCAAUAAUGUGGAAGAGUUGGUGCAGGAUUUGCAGGAGAGUGGGCCGUUUGCAGUGUCAGCAACAUGAUUGAUUGAGUCAGUGCCUCUUCUUCAUCAUGUUGUUGUUCGGAGUACGCAUUAUGGAUGGAUGCAUGGGGGAGUUUUGUACGCUGUGUGCACUUAUGGACUUCACGGCGUUUUUUUUUUCUGUUUUUUUGGAGCGGUUGCAUGAUACCACCUCAGUUCCUUUUGGGUUUGCACACGAUGGAGCUUUAGGCCGCACUCGUAUGUUAGGUAGUUGUCUUUUUUGAUGUAGAUGCACCACUAUUUCGCGAGAAACCAAAGUACAGUAAUUCACAACGACCGGAGGUAACCGAAAUGUGUUUCACAGGCGCCUGGUUGUAUCACAUGGCUAGUCCAUGUUCUCCUCUGUCUGGCAGGUGCCUACCUCUGUACUUGAAUGUUCUAGACCUCCGGCUGUGUUCCUUGAAAUUUGUCUCGAUGUGACCUUGAUUUCGUAGCGGAAAAAGAAUUCAGUUGCCUAUGCUGAGCCACUGUGGCAGAGCAUGCUGUAGCAUAGUAUGGCAUGGCCUAUAUUGGUUUCAUCCUGUGGUUUAAGCGGCGGAGCCAGCCAGCCAGCCAGCCGGGAAAAGCUGUGCGGUGCGGUGCGGUGCGGUGCUGUUCUCACUCCGCCAUGUUCAUCGUCGCAACCAUACAUGUGCCUCCCUAUAUAUUACAUGUACGCUGCGGCUGACGAUGAUGACCAGUACCUGUGUACGUGAUGAUGGAGGUUUUAGUGGAGGUCAUGUUUACGGUAAUCUAGGUACCUUAGAUGAGGUAGAUGCUCCGUCGGCGAGGCCCGUGUCUGUGUGAGUGAGUGGGUGUUCAGACCAUGGGCUAUGUGCUCCAUCUAGUCAGUGCUGAUGAGGCUUAGGUAUGUAUACGUGUAUAUAGGUGGCAGGAGGAGGUGGUGAUGAUGAUGCUGAUGGUGGUCUUUCAC